AUGGAGCUGAAUGAGAUCGAUGAGCUGCCGAAGAAGCUCCUUCGAGAGGAGGCGGGUCACGCUUUCCGUCUUCAAGCAUCGGCUUCGAUGGACAUGUGGCUUUGCAUGAAGCGAGCCAUCAAUGCUGCUGAGAAGGCGAAGAAGGCCUAUGAGGACGGUAGGGCCAGGGUUGCCGAGGCUGGCAAGGCUAUCCAGGAUCAUGCGAACCUGGCGAAGGAUUUGCAGGCUGCCGAACGGCAGGUUAGGGUUUAUGAGUCCAAGUUCGCAGAUCUGUCGUCAGCCCUGGAGUCAGCACAGCUAUCGGCAAAAGAGGCUCUAGAGGCGAAGGAAGCCGUUGAGGUGGCUCUGGAGGAGUCGGAGCGGGCCAAAGCUUCGGAGAUUGAGGCUGCCGUCCAGGAGGCCAUUCAGAAGUAUCGCCACUCUCCCGAUUUCUCUACCUUGCUUGACAAGGAGGUGGGCUCGGAGAUGGUGGAUCUCAUAUACCGAUUCAAGCGGUACAAUCCUGGGACGAAGCUCAACUUGAACUUCAUUGCCGAUCCUCCUCCCCUUCCCGAAGGCGUUACGGAAGAAAUGAUUGAGAAGUAUGAAGGGGAAGACGCUCCGGGGGAGCCCGACGCCACUGGUGCCGAAGAGGCGGAUGCCGAGGAGGCUAUCUGA